AAGUCGGAGGAUGACCUCAGCGCGUCGGCUCGAGGAGGUAAACAAGGCUGUUUGGGCCGAGGUGGCCAUAGCUAGCGCUAGCUGCUGUUAGUUCAACGACUUAAAAUGUCCAGAAACACAGAGGACCUACUGGAUUCAUGGCUGUGAUCACGUCGAACAUUUCUGUUCUUACACUAUGUCGUCACGUGUGUUGAUGCGGCAGCAGCUGAUGCGAGAACAAGCUCAGGAACAGGAGAGGCGAGAGGCCCAGCAACAGGCCUCUGCCUCUCAGCUCCGGCCCACCGACUCCACGCCUGCCAUCUCCGUCUCACUGCCUCCAAAUGCUGCCCGCCCGCCUCCAGCACAGGUGCCCGUGGAGGUGCUGAAAGUGCAGACCCAUCUAGAGAACCCCACCAAGUAUCACAUCCAGCAAGCACAGAGGCAACAGGUGAAGCAGUACCUCUCCACCACUCUGAGUAACAAUGCAGUUACUCAGACGCUUGGUGUGUCGCCUGUGCCACAGUGCAGCUCCGCCCCUGAGGUUGCACACACUGCCAGCAGUGCCCCUAACAGCCCGAUGGCCCUUCUUAACAUCAGUUCCAAAAAGGAGGAAAUCGAAGAUGUUAUCGAUGACAUAAUUAGUCUUGAAUCCAGUUUUAAUGAUGACAUCAUUACAUUGAUUGACUCAGGUCUUCAGUUACCUAGUACGCUCCCAGGAAAUCUGCUGGAUGUGUAUCACAGCCCUGGAAUGGCGGCACCCACUCUCACUGUCAGCAACUCCUGUCCUGCUGAGCUUCCAAAUAUAAAAAGAGAAAUUACUGAUGCUGAUACCAAAGCUUUUAUGAAGGAGAGGCAAAAGAAAGACAACCACAACCUGAUUGAAAGGAGGCGGCGAUUUAAUAUUAAUGACCGUAUAAAGGAGCUUGGUACUCUCAUACCCAAGUCAAUUGACCCUGAGAUGCGCUGGAAUAAAGGCACUAUUCUGAAGGCCUCUGUGGAUUACAUCCGGAAGUUACAGAAGGAGCAACAGCGAGCCAAGGAUAUCGAACUGCGGCAGAAAAAAUUGGAGCAAGCGAACCACGGUUUAAUGUUGCGUAUCCAGGAGCUGGAAAUACAGGCACGUGUCAAUAGUCUCUCUUCCAACACCAGCAUUUCCUCUGGUCUGAACUCCAGUCCUGCCCUGCUGCAGCAGCACAAGCAAACCAUUCAGAACGGCCAGUCCCUACACCCCAGCGCUGACGCAACGUCCGGGCUUAAUCUCCUCAGUAUGGGCGUGGCAGCCAUCGGACAGCCUCUGCCCACUGCCUUCCUCUCCCCACCUUCCUCAGACUCUCCUGCUGGAGUCACCAUCAGCAGCCCUUUAGACUUGGGCAGUUUGAGCUUUGCUGAGCUGGACGACACCUCCACAGCGCUUUACCCUGAUGUGGGUUUGGGGGACAUUCUUAUGGACGAUGGGUGCACCCUCUCUCCAGAGGCGGUGGCUGAGCCCCUCUUUUCUCCUCUGUCACCGGGUGCCUCUAAAAGCAGCAGCCGCAGGAGCAGCCUCAAUAUGGAUGAGGACUUGUGAUGCGCUCUGAGAGGUGCACACGCACUAGCAGAGACUGAAUGUUAGCAUGCAAUUUGUCUCUUACGGUAGGUGAGUUUGUUUGUAGGACGGUUGACCAGAAGCAUUUUAAAGUAAAUAUUCAGAUUGAAACCAACCUAAAUGUUAGUGAGACUAACAUUUCCCCUCUUAUCCUGGGACACGUAAAUGUUAUAUAUGCUAUUUGUGUGUCAAUGCAAUAGUAUUAAAACAGAAUAUUUUACACUCCAGGGAUGCUUAAAAAUAUAUUAACAAAUGUUUUAAGAUUUAAGAGUAAUAUAAUAUAUUUGCUUGAAUUUAUAAUGUGGUCAUACAUAGGGAAGAUUUUUUUUGGCCUUAUUAACGUGACAGUAUUGGCAAAAGCAAAUAGAUGCAGACAUAAGUUUUCUUUGUUGACUGGAAUCAGGGUUUACACGCUUCCUUGUUGGGAUGUCUAGAGGGGAUACAAAAGGGAUACGCUUAAAGUGAAUUGGCACAUAAUUGUGAAAUACUUCUCCUCAUGGUGUAUAUACAGUAAGAAUAUUUUAUUUUCCAGCAAUUUAUUGCACCUUAUGUUAUUGCAAUCUAUGCAUUUUAUGAGAGAUGUUUUUCUGCUAUGACACACAAUGGGUGCAUGUAUUUUUACGAGCUUGAGACCUGCUGCUGCUACUGCUGCUAGUUAGCCAAAGCAGGACUUCUUAAAGUGUAGCUAUAGUGCAAAUUACAAAUCACUGUUCUAUUUUUCAACAUAUUCAGCUUCACAAUAAAACAUACAGAUCAAUUUGAUUAUUUUUACAGUAAUGCUGUACUUCAUAUUUUUUAUACCGGGAUAAUUGAUUGAGGUGCAGUUUGUGUCUUGUGACUAAUAUUUGUGUUUGUGAUUGUUAGUCUCCAUUAACCUUGGUGAUCACUGGCUGAUUUUACCUGAUAAUUUCAUUUCAAUUUUUUGCUUCUGGAGGUGAGGGUGUCAAAUGAUCUAUCAAUGCAAUGUGUUCCAAGUUGAAUUAUGUUUUGUUUUAAACAAACCACUAUUGUGCAGGUAUACUAUGACGUACCGAUAAACUUCAAAAAGGCAUUUAAUUCAUUAACUGCAUCAUGGAACUUUAAAUUAAUGAAUGUGUACUAGCCUAUUCAUGUUUUUCUAACAUCGUUGUACUGUUUUUGAGUUUGUGUCAGAACAUUUGUAAAAGUCGUAUGCUUGGAUUUGCGAUUUUGCUGGUGUUACAGUAACACGUGAACUGAAAGAGCCCAGUUAGUUUUGACACUAAUUAAUGUGAUUGGUUGUCCUCUCCUGCAAGUACUCCAAGGCACAUUUUUAGCUGAAAUUAGCUAGUUUAGAGCCACUUAUUGAGCAAUUCUAAAAUCAAGCAUCAAAUGAAAAGCUUUUUUUCUGCUCCUACAUACACGUAAAUGCUUUCCAAAACUUGAAGCACGUCCAACUUUUCACAAAUGUAUGAACAACAUUGUCUCUCACUUUGUCAAAUUUGUGUUUUUUGGUCAUGCUCAAUGGAGUGUCUUUCGGCAAAUUUUAACAAAUAAACUAUUCUUUCGGUUG